CCUACGGACCAGGUCACCUUGGAUGAACAAAUAAGGAAUAGAAUAAACUCAGAGUUGAAAAGAUUAAGAAACGACGAGUACGCGGUUAGGCAGCAGAUCGAGCAAGAAUUGGCCAAGGAGAACACAGACAAGGAUAAUUCCUUAAUUAGCUCAGAUAAUGUUGCAAACACCAUAAAAGAUAUCAAGCAAAAAGUAGACAGGCACAAUAGCAAGAGAGACUUAAAUAACUUCCCUGCAAUUAAAUCAUCUCAAUCUGAGUUGGUCAGUUGCUUAACAACUAACAAAGACAGACCUCUCGAUUGUCACGUUCAAAUGGAUGGUUUUAAGCAAGCUGUAGCAGAUGCUGAAAAA